AUGAAUUCAAACAGUUUAAACGAAAGCUCAACCGAUUCCUCUUCAUCUUCAUCUAACUCGGAUGAUAAGGGAAGGGAGCUUAGAGUUCAACAACGUAAUGAAGUGUGUCUUAUGAUACAACACGUAAUGCAUGAGUACAUUCCACCAAUUAUUCAAGCUGCCACUCAGCAACGCCGACGCAAAUCUACUGAGCCCCGAAAGGAUAGGGGACGCGAAGAAGGUCAUGCACGGUUAUACAAUGACUAUUUUGCGGAAGUCCCAGUUUAUCCAAGUUCCUUGUUCCGGCGCCGGUUUCGAAUGCGUAAACAUGUGUUUGAGCGCCUUCUCAACGCAGUGACCCAACAUGACCCCUGGUUUCAACAAAGGCGAGAUGCGGCAGGUCGUCUUGGUUUGUCUCCACUUCAAAAGUGCACUGCGGCCGUUAGACAACUAGCUUACAGGUGUGCUUCAGACGCUUGUGAUGAGUAUGUUCGUAUAAGUGAGGCAACUUCACGAUUGGCACUCCAAAAGUUUACAGAAGGUGUCAUCAACCUGUUCGGUGAUCAGUACCUACGCCGUCCAAACAUCGUAGAUAUGGAAAGAUUGCUACGUAUUGGGGAAGAACGUGGAUUUCCUGGCAUGAUAGGCAGCAUUGAUUGUAGUUGCAACGAUAUUAAUGUGCUUCAUCGAUCCCCUGUGUUCGAAGACGUCUUAGAGGGUCGAACACCUCCUGUGAACUUCGUAGUCAAUGGUCAUCAUUAUACGAAUGGGUAUUAUCUUACUGAUGGAAUCUACCCUAGAUGGGCUUCUUUUGUGAAAUCCAUUACGAGUCCACAAACUCGUCAGGAUCGUUUAUUCGCAAAACACCAGGAAGCUGCAAGGAAAGACGUUGAACGCGCAUUUGGGGUCCUUCAAGCUCGUUUUGCCAUUAUUAAAAAGCCGUCUUUGGCGUGGGAUACCGACAUACUCCACAAUAUCAUGCUCGCCUGCAUCAUAAUACAUAAUAUGAUCGUUGAAGAUGAACGAGAGACGUAUCAAAAUAACGUUAAUACCAAUGAGUUUAUGAAUGCUGGAGGCAACGCUAAUGAGGACACUACCGAGUACCGUACUGAUCGGAUUGUGGAUAUCGGCUGCGUUUAUUAA